AUGCCAGCAGACGACGCGGAGCUUCUCCGAUCUCUCCGACGAGAGAUUGGAGCUCCCACUCGACCCGCUGCUGCCAGCCGAGGCGCGGGUGCCAGCAACAGCACCGGCGGCGGAGGCGGUGGAACAAGCGGCGGCGGGGGCGGGGGAUAUGCAGUAGGCGGGGGAGGGAGCGGGGGCGGCGGCGCCUCCCGUAGGACGGGCGGCGGCGCGGGGGGUGUCCACAACCUAUCUUCCAUGGGUCUCUUGCGAGACGCCGAGGAGGGUAGGGGUGGGGACCGCGAUGCCGAUAACAGCGGCGGCGGUUAUGACGACGACUGGGAAGACCAGAACAUGGACGGACAGGAGUAUGGCUUCGUCAUGUUUGACCCGGUUUGGGGGAAGCCGGACUACCCUCCCGGGCACCACACCACCAAGUGCCAGUUUUGCGGCGUGUUGUGCUGCCCGUGCCUCAUGGGGAGAGACGGCUGGCGGGGUUCGCGAAACCGCAACGUUUGGAGAAGGAUUCGCAAGCGCGCGGCUAUCAUUACGUCCGGUGUCGACAUCGUAGCCUUCGUGCUGUCCAUCAUCAUCAACGGGGGUUUCCAGUCGAUGUGGGGGAAGGUGGACUCGAAUCCGUUGUUGGGGCCAUCCAUAGAGACACUCAUGGCGUUGGGCGCGAAGCACUUGACGCUGAUCCAGGAGGGACAAGUGUGGAGGCUGCUGACGCCUAUUCUGCUGCACGGCGGUGUGCUUCACAUUUUCAUGAAUCUCACCUCUCAGUUUCGGAUGGGCACGUUCCUUGAGGAGCGGUGGGGCACGAGGAACUGGCUGAUAGUCUACUGGGUGGGGGGCCUCGGCGGAAACCUCCUCAGCUGCGUCGCAAGCCCAGACAAGGUGGGCGUCGGAGCAUCCGGCGCCAUCUACGCGAUCAUGGGAGCGUGGCUGUCUCACGUCCUCUGCACCUGGAAUGAAGAAGACGAGUUCGCCAAGGGCGCACAGCUCACCCAGGUUGUGCUGUACACGAUGGUCGGGAUGGCGGCUUCCCUGGCUCCCAUCGUGGACUGGGCGGCACAUGUCGGCGGCUUGGUAACCGGCAUCCUGGUGGGAUGGGCGCUGUUCCACAAGCCCGUGGAGGACUCUCGUAUGCUGCGGGAGCCCCUGCGAAGACGCCUGUCUCGCCUACAGGGCAAAAUCCUGCAUGUGGACCGGUGGUGGCAGGGAUGUUGUUCAUGACAUUCUGGACAUUUUUCGUGGCGGUGUGUCCGAUACCGGUGCCGGGACGCGCCCCCCCGCCAAGAGCAACGUUCACCCAGCCGCAUCACCCGCACAACUCGUGAUGGGUGUCAAAGCUGUCAGCGAUUUGGACGAAGGCGAUUUCGCUGCCACUGGCGACGGCAUGUUGUUGGUCGAUCGGGAUAGGAUAUUUCCAUGGUGUCUUGUGUCUUCCGGGGGGGUGUCGGUUUGCCGGCGUGUAUAUAUGUUUUCAUCCCAUCCCCCUUGCUUGCUCUGUCAUUCUUUCAUCCAUGGUGGUAAGUGUAUCGUUGGCCGUUCGUGGGACAAGAGAGAGGGAGAGAGAGAGAGAAAGAGAGAAAGAAAGAGAGUGAGAGAGAUAAUCUUCUUGGCCAUCUACUCGUACUGCUGUACCGUGUUUGGCGCUGCGAGGGAACCAGCACUGGGCAAGAAUGAGACCGGCGACCACAAGGCAUACACGACCAAAGUCUCCCACAAGCAACUGGUCCUUGUAUCACCCAGGAAAGUUCACGUUUCCCACUUGGGUACAGGAUCAAUGGUGUGGUCGAUUCCCUUACAAGCGGGAUGUGCUUUCAGCUUUCAGCCAGUGGGUUUUGCACCAUCAGAGGGGGUGCACCGGGCAGAAAAUUGUAAAAAGCAACUCGGCGGCCACAGAAGAAAACCUCUUACUUUACCCUAUUACUUUGAUCAAUUCCUGGGGAACCCAACAGAAGGAACAUGGACUAGACUAAAGGAUUAGACUAUAGGAUUUGUUUUAGUGUCGGUAUAAAGUAGGUUCAUGUUCUUACCUAUCGCGAAGACCCAUUCUUGAACUUCUCAACUGGUUCGAAGCGUUCAGUAAUUCCGAAGUAGUGGUGUGGUGCGCUCUGCAUGCCGUUCACGGCUCCUGUACUAUUAUUGCUGAGCUGAUGACGCUCUCACGUUCGUUCCUUCGCAUGUUUGUGUAGACUGGUGGUCUCUGCUUCGGUUUUGCGGCGUCGGCUCUGCGUGUUGCCUUUCCUUGCUUGCCCUAUGGCCGUGGCCGUCAAGUGAACUAGCUGCCUUUGGCAGGAGGAGAGUUGAGUGGGAUGCUCCUUUCGAGCGGACGAAAGCCAAAUUAAUCUACAGGGUAUACGACGUCCCCCGCGAUUUUUUUCUUGGCGUCAUAGAACUAGUGGUACCCGACAUAACUUCGUUAAUGGUGAGCUUUAGGUGCGCUUACCAAGCUCC